UUGCUGCCUAGCUCAGUGGGUGGAAAGGUUUAAAUUCUCGCAGCUCUUGGCCCUGCUGCAUGUUGGCUAACAUCCUUCAGCAGCAGCAUGAAGCUGGGAGCCUUCCUUCUGUUGGUGUCCCUCGUCACCCUCAGUCUAGAGGUACAGGAGCUGCAGGCUGCAGUGAGACCUCUGCAGCUUUUAGGCACCUGUGCUGAGCUCUGCAGUGGUGACUGGGACUGUGGGCCAGGGGAACAAUGUGUCAGUAUUGGAUGCAGUCACAUCUGCUCUACAAACUAAAAACAGCUUUUACCUGGAAAAAAAAAAUGUGCCUGUUUGGAGCUCUGUGACCAAGAAAACAGUUGAAAAUGGAGGCCAUGUAUGGAGAUUACAAGCAGCAUAUGGGGAGGGACAAGGAGUUGUUUCUUUUAAUAAAUCAUUAAUGUAAAAGUCUCCACA